AUGCGCAGGUCUAGCAAGAGAACAAGUGGCAGUAAAAGCCACGACUCGCCGGAGAAGUCAGUGUCCCGGUCCAGAAAGGGCAGCAAGAAGUCUAUUGUCUCUGCCGACGCUGGUGACCAGGGAACAGGCUUAUCCACUGGGAAGGAAGAUGCUGCAGGCAGCCCCGGCAAGCGCCGCACUCGCAGUUCAAUCACGUCAAAAGAGAGCAAGCACGCCAAAGGGGAAGGACAUGAAGAAACGGAAGCUGAAGCCACGGAGCAUCCGGAAGAAGAGACCGAAGGACAGCAGCCGGGAGAAAGCGAAGAGACCGGUGCCAUGACUACAAAGGGCAGUGCAGUGAAGGAGACUUCUGCAGGAAAUCGCAAGGGCAGUGGCAAGCGAAGCAGCAGAGGCUCACAGGAAGGCACUACUAAAGUCUCUGGAGAAGGCACAGCCGGGGAGGCGGGCUCUAAGCAGGGUAGCGAGGGAUCCGCCAAGGACAGUGCCGCGGCGACGGAGGCACCUGCAAGCGGGGAACAGACUGCAGCUGCGGAAAGUGAAGAGAACGAAGAAGGCACCGGACAACACGAGAGCGGGCAAGGUAGCACGGAAUACCCACAGUCGGCUUCUGGGGCUAGCAAAGUGACCCCCGAUGAAAAGGCAAUUCCUACGCCUCCAUCAAUAUCCCUUGACCUGCCAGAAAAGAAGAUACCACCAGCCGCAGAACCACCCAAGAGAUCCUUCUUCGAUUUCUUCCGAAGGAAGCCUGCCACUGAAACAGCAGCUGCAGCACCUUUAGAAUCUGCAAAGCCCGUGGACGACGCUCCCGUAGUACCCACUGAUGCCACGAAGGCCAUGGCGGAAGCUCCGCCGCCACCUCAAAGGAUUGGCCUGAGGUUGCCUUUCUUUCGCAAGCCAGCGUCGGGUGCAUCAACGCCUUCGAAACCACCGCCAUCCCAGCAGCCACCCAGUGCCCCUCCUACCACUGAACCCAAGCCUUCACUGUUUUCCCGCUACUUUGCCUCCGGCGGAAAGCCGACGCCAGCACCUGUGCCACCACCUGGAAAGCCACUGCCUCCAGUUGUUGCUCUUCCAGUAAGCGCGGCGAACCCUGUGCCGACUUCUGCGUGGCAGAAGGAUGCGGCUGCCAGCAUCGUGAAACCAGGAGACGAGCCAGAACUCGACAUCCCCGAGGACCUGGGAUCCACGCCCACCUUGCGAGCGGCACCCCUCGAAAAGAAAAGUGACAGCGACGCAGCGCAGUCAGACGCCAGGCCCACGGCCACGCCAGCGGGCCCUAGUGGCCCUCUGCGCCCUGAAGCCAAGAAUUAUGGGGCCUAUGAAACCGGUUACACUACGGGCAAGCAAGGCGAUGAACGCAAUGAGAAGGAGAGUCGGAACUCCUCGCAAGGAUUCAGCGGCCAGCGCAGCAGCCAAGUGAAGACGGUCAGAGAAGAGCCACAAUACGUGCAGCCCAGCUCAGUACAAGAAGGCGAGGGCUCUGUGACGCCAUCUAAAGGCACUAAUGCUCAAGCAUUAUCGAACUACACAAAGACGACAGACGUAUUUAAAGAUGACGUGUACUCUGACAUAGAGAGCGGCACUGAAGGUGCGGCUGCACAAGGUGGCAAUGGCCAGUCUGAGAAGCCUUUCGAAGAAAUCGUCAAGGAAGAAAUGUUGAAUGUCACAGAUGAGCCGAAGACAUCGGUCUUGAUACCGGGUCCCCCUCUGUCCGAGGCGCCCCGCCGGCACAUACCCACCCUGGAGGAGCGCAUGGAACAACGCCUGGCCGGAAUGAAAAAAGCGCUCAGAGUCUACACGGUGUUAUGCUUUGUAGUGCUCGUCAUUGGCAUCGCCAUCAUGGUUGCCUGCGCCUUCAAGUUUUUCGGCUGCUUGAAUCCCUCGCUGUUUCCAACAAUGAACAAAAUGCUGGAGAACACGACUUGCUACACGAACGACUGCAAAGAAUUUGUGAACGUGUUCACAGCGUCGAUGACAGACUCGAUACUCCCGUGCGAGGACUUUUACGAGCACGUCUGUGGCGGCUGGCUGCGCAGCACCAAGGUUCCUCGCCACCGCUACUUGACCAGCACCAGGCUCGAGGCACAGUGGGCCGUCGAGGGGAGCAUCAUCGAAAGCUUGAACUCCACGCCUGUCUCGUACGCCGAUCAGCACGCCGUUCAAAAGGCCGUCGCACUUUACAUCGGCUGCACGAGCAUGGGCUUGCGCAAUACGAAGGGCACAAAACCCCUUGAGAAUCUCCUGGACAAGUAUGGCAUCCCCCGCUGGCCCAUCCUGCACGAGCAAUUCCAGUUGGAUGUGAUGCGCGCGCUGGCCGACAUGAUCCGGGAUCUGGGACUGAGCGCCAUCGUGUCCGUUCGAGUCGCCCCCGAUAGUCACGACACUCGCAAGCACAUCGUCUACCUGGGCCAGCCAGAGUUCGCCGUUGAGCGUAGCGUGCUGCGUUCGCCGUUCGGGUCUCCCUACUUCCGUAUCCGGCACCGCUACAAGCUGUUUAUCUUCCGCUCAGCUCAGAUCAUGGGCUCCACAGUGGCUGCCGCGGAGCUCGUGGUCAAUGACAUCGUCCAGUUCGAGGGAAAGCUUGCCGCAAUAUCCGAGGAGCCCGAAGAUUUGCCGAAUCCUAAGAAGUCGUUUCACCUUAUAUCCUUGGAAUCACUUGAGACCGCCAUUCCAGAUAUGAGGUGGACGAACUUCCUGAACAAUGUCCUGCGCGACGCCCAGGUGACCUUGGAGAAGAGCGACCGCAUCAUCCUCUCGGACAGGCAGUACCUGCUGCGCCUUCGAAAUAUCCUCGCUGAAGAGAAGGCCUACGUGGUGGCCAACUACCUGGCAUGGAGGGUGGUGGAGCUCAUGGGUCCGCUCACGGUUGAGCGCAUGCGCCGUUGUCGGUUCCGCUUCGACCGGUACCGGUACUCGCAGUUCGAGUUGCCCCCGCUGUCGCGCGAAUGCUACGAACACACGGCACGCUACAUGAAGUUCGCCGUGGCCAAGAUUCUCUACGAUCAGGUGCCCGAGAGAACACUCGAGCGCCAUACGAAGGUUCAAAUCGUAGCAGAGGAAGUAAAGGACGCAUUUGCCGUGUGGCUCGACCUUACAACCUGGAUGACUGACAGCAACAAGAAGCUGGCUGCUUUCAAGUUACGGGAUGUCCAAGUGAAUCCGGGGUCUCCGCACUGGGUGAUGUCAGAAAGCGAUCUUGACGAAUACUACCGCAGGAUACCUGAUCUUAAGAGAGAGGAAUUUUUCGCCGCAUCUCUGGCCGUUAUGAAAGAGAAAGUACUGAACGACUUCUUUAAGCUCAGGCGGCAUGGUCAUGCACCAGACUUCGGGUGGGUCGAGUCGCAGCCUCAAGCGGAUCCCAUAUUUCAAUAUCUCGGAAAUUAUAUGCUGCUCCCCGAAGGGGUAAUACACAAGCCUUUCUUUUGGGUCGAGACAAGCCCAACGGCAUUUUUUGAGGAUGGUUUCGAUGCUGGCGACGUUGUCGAACACUGGUCAACUGAAGGCAUCGUCAGCAACCCCUCUGAGUCAAUCAACUUCGGUGCUUUGGGCAGCAUUAUCGCCUACUAUUUAACGCUUGGAUUUGGCGCUUAUGGCUCCAUGUACAACCACAAAGGAAUCCUGGAUGACUGGUGGAGUGGCAUGACGCGCCGUCAGUACGGCGCUGAAUCGGUUUGCUUCAAGAAACAAGUAGAAUGGUUCACCAACCCUUUCACCGGUGAAGAGAUAAAUGGUACUGUCAACCAAGAUGAACUCGUCGCCGACAAUGCCGCCAUUAAAGAAGCAUUCAAGGCCUACAGGGUAUACAUGACAAAGUACGAAGAGUAUUACAAGAUGGUUCUGGUUCCUGGUUUGGAAACGUACAACCAAGAUCAGAUAUUUUUCUUCGCAUAUGCUAUGACUAUGUGCGAGAAGGUAAGAGGCCGUGCCUUCUACUAUGACCUGCACCCAAAGAAGCUCGUGCCGAACCACCACAGGACGAAUCUUGCAUUGAUGAAUUUCGACAGAUUUGCAAUCGCCUUCGACUGUCCUCUGGGAUCACCGAUGAAUCCUGAGCUGAAAUGCGACGUGUACUGAGCGUAUUUGAUUUGAAACCGACCUUGGAGUUAAUUUGAUAAUAAAUACAGUAGAUUGUUUUUCACUCGUUA